AUGCGCGCUGCGGAGCUCCCGACUACAGUUCAACUAGACAUCGUCUUUCCGAAAAACAACACCGUAUACAAGCCUGUAUACCCCUUUCCUGUCGUUUUUGGCCUUCACAAUGGCUCUGCGGCUUGGUCUUAUGUCAUCAAGUGGAAUUGGGAAAUCGUUGCUCUGGAUGGCGAACCUUCAGCCAACAACAUCAUCGCAUCAGGAGGUUAUUUUCCUGGAGUACCAGGCAUCGAGAAGCCAGCUCCGCCACCCAAAAAAUGUCUCAUCAUCGAUCCGGUCGACGAGAUCGUGAAUGCUACAGCGCAGAAAUUGUUCAUGCGCUAUAGUUUUGCGAUCACUGAUGCCUGCAAUGAGACUACCGGCGAUAUUCCCAUUGAUCGCAAACCGAACGUCUCUCUCAACCAACUGGUCUUCUUUAGCCUAGACCCCGAGAAUGGGCUUAUGCCCAAUAUCACGGCUACUGGUCCAUGCGCAACUCCUGUCGGUGCCAUUGGAAUACAAAAGGAGAUACCUGGGUUUAGCGGACCGUGUCCCAUUCUCGCAGAUGACAUGCGCAUUAUCGAUCGAUAA